AUGCCUAUCUCGAAGAAAACAUCUUUCGCCUCCAAGCCUCUUGCCUCGGCGCUAACUCCAAUGUCUCAACGCUCUUCUCCUGUAAGCGGAGACAAGACAAACGGUCGUAUGCACAAGCGAUCUCGGUCUGGCUGUUAUACAUGCCGCCUCCGCAGGAAGAAGUGUGAUGAGAACCACCCUCACUGUGGCGCUUGCGCAAACCUCCAAGUGGAAUGCAACUACAAACGCCCCGUCUGGUGGACAGACCCAACUUUGAGGCGAUCCCGCAAGGAGCAGAUCAAGAACACUAUCAAGCAGACAAAGAUGCGGGAGCGCAAUGGAAAUAAUUCUAGUCAUCUUAACCGCCAUCAUAGCAUCUCCGGUGUCGUGCCAACAUCGCCCGUGGACGAAUAUAGUACCUUGUAUGAUGAGCCACGCGAGAUCUUCACAUCUCAACUACCUACUCCUGGUCUGGGAAGUGCCCCAUAUGGGCCUUAUGUGCCCUCUUACGAGGUCGACGUCCGGACUGAGAGACAGACAUUUGUCAACGAUGUACCCAUGCGCCACGAUUCUUCCACGUCAACAUUCAGCUCUUUUGCUCCGCCUCAGCUCAGUGCUCCUCUGCCAACAUUCGCUGGCGAUGAAUGGUUCAGAGAUGAGUACUUUGUCCAGGCUGGAGUUUAUGAUGGCGCCAACCAAGAGAAUGUGGAUCCCACAUUGGAGAAGACUUACUCCUUGUUGCAGAGCAACAUUCCUGUUAGUGAGCAUGAUCGACCACUCCUCGACCACUUUAUCCAUAAUGUUCUGCGCCAAAUCUUCCCUGUUCUGGAGGCUCAUGGCAAGGGAAACCUACGCGCCAAAGCGAUCCUUCGCGCCUUGGAGACAAACAAAUGCUACCUUCACUGUUGCUUGAGUGUGGCUUCUAUUCACCUCAAGACUACCGAGGGUCUGGGUGGGGAGCAGAUUGACAACGAUAUUAUGCGACACCGCUACGAGGCCAUUUCCCAGCUUUGCCAAGCACUGGGAGAAGACGUCAAUCACGGAGAGAUCCUCGAUGCCACCCUCGCAAUGAUCUUCUUCCACUGCUCCUUCGGUCCUUUGGAUGACUGUCUGCCUGAUAUCCCAUGGUACGAUCAUUUCCAAGCCGCAUCAAACCUGGUCACCAGACUUGAGCUCCCAACUGCGUUGGUCCAAGACUCAAACGGAGCCUUAGAAACUCCAUUCAGCAUGACCUUGACUUCAUGGAUUGACAUUCUCGGCGCUACGAUGAUGGGCAAGACGCCGCAAUUUGCACACCAGUACCGAUCAAAGUACCUUGGUCAGACGAUGUCCGGUCUGCGCGAGUUGAUGGGAUGCGAUGACAAGGUUAUGUACCUCAUUUCCGAGAUUACUUGCUUGGACUCUCUCAAAGCUGAGGGCCGCAUCGAUGAAGCGACCGUCUGCUCCCAUGUCCAGAUGCUUGGUGAGCAGCUCAGUUUCACCGAGCCUGCCGAUCCCACGCUGGAGAACCCCUACAACCCCACCACUGGGGCUAUCCAGCCAGAAAUUCUGACCAAGACCAUCUCUCACAUCUUCCGACUUGCAGCCCGGAUCUACCUUUGCAGCCUCGUCCCCGGCUUCGAUCGCAGCCACAAGAGCAACGAGGCCUUGAUCGCGGCAGUGACCAACGCACUUCAGUUCAUCCCCAUGGGCUCAUAUGGCUACGACCGCUCGCUCGUCUGGCCACUUCUGAUCACUGGUGUCUUCUCUGGUCCAUCGAGCCCCUUCCGCGCUGCUCUCGCUCAGCGAAGUGAGGAGCUGGGUGAAUAUGGGGACCUCGGUAGCUUCGGCCGCAUGCACCGUCUUCUUCAGGAAGUGUGGCGAAUGACCGAUGACCCAGUCGAUUCUUCUCAAAUUUAUCCCGGAGAUAACUCUCAAAGAUAUUCUCUGACAAGCCCAAUCACAAAGUUGGAAGGCUCUGAGUCACCCUUUAGUGCUGGCGCCACUAUGGGUGCACGUGAGAUUAAGAAGCAACAAGUCCACUGGCGGGACAUCAUGAAGAGAAAUCAAUGGAACUACCUCCUCAUCUAA